UGAUGGACUUACCAGAAUACAUGUGGUCAUCUUAUAGGGCUCUUUAUGAUACCAUAAAUGACAUUGGCGACAAUAUCUACAAAAUUUAUGGACAGAAUCCCACUCAAAAUCUGAGGAAUACGUGGGCAAGCUUGUGCAAUGCAUUUCUGAAAGAAGCAAAAUGGUUUGCCUCGGGGGUGAUACCAACAGCAGAUGAGUACCUCAAGAAUGGGCUAGUUAGUUCUGGAGUUCAUGCAGUCUUAGUUCACUUGUUCUAUCUCUUAGGUCUUGGUGUAAGCUCUAUAAGUUUGGAGGAUAUAUCAGCCAUAUCUGCUUCUGCGGCUAUGAUUCUACGCCUUUGGGAUGAUCUUGGAGCUGCAAAGGAUGAAAAUCAAGAAGGAACUGAUGGUUCAUACAUAGAAUGUUACAUCAAGGAAAACAAAGAUGCUUCUCUUGAAUUGGCAAGAGAACAUGUGAUCAAGCUAAUAGAAGAUGAAUGGAAGCAACUCAACAAAGAACAUCUUCGUCUGAUGAGUCGAUCUUCAAGAUCAUUUUCAAAAGCUUCGCUUAAUUCUGCAAGGAUGGUUCCUCUUAUGUACAAUUACGAUGAUAAUCAGUCCCUCCCUGUCCUCCAAGAAUACAUUAAGUCUAUGUUGUAAGCGGAGGCAGGUAGAAUUGAGGAGUCCAUUCAAGCUUCCUUUGAUAGAAAGUUACACUAUUUAUACAUAGUUGAAAUUAAUUUUUAUU